GGCGGGAACCCGUUGGUGUCGCAUUUUUAAGGUUAUGCGUCAAACACAUUGAACGUAAUUUCUCCUGUUUUUCCCGAAGAAUUUCGUUGAAAUAUUGUGCAAUUUGUGUUAGGUUUGCGUUCAUCGGCAACCGGCAGUGUUGAAGUGUUUUGUGGCCGGCAAAAUGGUGCCCAAACCCGUGCAGAAGAUGUACGUGAUCAAAAGAGGAGGCCGACAGGAGCAAGUGCAUCUCGAUAAAAUCACGUCCAGAAUCCAGAAACUGUGCUACGGAUUGAACAAAGACUUCGUAGAUCCGAUAUCCAUCACCUUGAAAGUAAUCAAUGGACUAUACCCAGGCGUAACCACAGUAGAACUCGACACCUUGGCUGCGGAAACAGCGGCAACUAUGACCAUAGAUCAUCCUGAUUAUGCUAUUCUCGCAGCCAGAAUUGCCGUGUCCAAUUUGCACAAGGAGACGAAGAAGCACUUUAGCGAUGUAGUCACCGAUCUGUACAAAAUGGUGAAUGCCAAGACCAAACUGGCCACCCCAAUGAUUUCGGAAAAACACUACAACAUCAUAAUGAAGCACGCCGAUCGUCUAAACUCGUGCAUUAUUUACGACCGAGAUUUCUCGUACAACUACUUUGGAUUCAAAACCCUGGAGAGGUCGUAUCUUCUGAAGAUCAACGGAAAGAUUGUUGAAAGGCCGCAGCACAUGUUGAUGAGGGUCUCAGUGGGCAUCCAUGGAGAAGAUAUUGAUUCAGCAAUCGAAACCUACAACUUCAUGUCAGAGAAGUUCUUCACGCACGCCAGUCCCACUCUGUUCAACGCCGCCACGCCCAGACCUCAACUAUCUUCCUGCUUCCUGCUGAUGAUGCCCGAUGACAGCAUUGAGGGCAUCUACACGUGCCUUACUCAAUGUGCCUUUAUUUCCAAAAGCGCCGGAGGCAUCGGCAUAAAUGUACACAAUAUUAGAGCGAAAGGAUCGUACAUUGCUGGUACCAAUGGAGUGUCCAACGGCUUGGUGCCGAUGCUGAAGGUGUUCAACAGUACAGCCAAAUAUGUGGACCAAGGCGGAAAUAAGCGGCCUGGGGCUUUUGCCAUUUACUUGGAACCCUGGCAUGCUGAUGUGUUCGAUUUUUUGAAUCUCCGAAAAAAUACUGGCAAAGAGGAAAUGCGCGCCAGGGAUUUGUUCUACGCCUUGUGGGUGCCCGAUUUAUUCAUGAAGCGAGUGCAGUCCAAUGGGGUUUGGUCGCUGAUGUGCCCCCAUCAAUCGCCCGGACUGUCCGAAUGCUACGGGGACGAAUUCGAAAAGCUCUAUGAGAAGUAUGAAGAAGAGCAGCGCUUUGUUCGGCAAGUGCCAGCUCAGGAGCUUUGGCGCGCUGUUAUCGCCUCGCAAGUAGAAACCGGGACGCCCUACAUGCUGUACAAAGACGCCUGCAACCGCAAAUCCAACCAGAAGAACCUGGGCACGAUAAAGAGCAGCAAUCUUUGCACGGAAAUCGUUGAAUACACUUCAGCCGAUGAAAUCGCCGUUUGCAAUCUGGCCUCAGUGGCGGUUAACAUGUUUGUAUCCGCUGAUCGGAAGAGUUUUGACUUCGAGAAGUUAAAGGCCAUCACGAAAGUGGUCACGCGGAAUUUGGACAAGAUUAUUGACGUGAACUUUUACCCGGUAAUCGAGGCAAAGAACUCGAACAUGCGGCACAGGCCUAUAGGGAUUGGAAUCCAAGGCCUGGCCGACGCCUUCAUUUUGAUGCGAAUGCCCUUCGAUAGCCCUGAUGCGGCCCUUUUGAACAAGCGGAUAUUCGAAACGUUGUACUAUGGGGCGCUGGAGGCCAGCUGCGAACUGGCUGAGGAGCUGGGGACCUACUCUACUUAUCAAGGUUCGCCAGUGAGUCAAGGAAUCCUCCAGUACGACAUGUGGGAUGUCAUGCCCACAGAUCUGUGGGAUUGGGCGGCGUUAAAGGCGAAAAUCGCCAAACAUGGCGUAAGAAACUCGUUGCUUCUGGCCCCAAUGCCCACGGCUUCAACCGCCCAAAUCCUGGGAAAUAACGAAAGCGUCGAGCCGUACACUAGUAACAUUUACACUCGGAGAGUCCUGUCCGGGGAGUUUCAAGUGGUCAAUCAGCAUCUUCUCAAGGACUUGACCGAAAGAGGACUGUGGGACGACACGAUGAAGAACCAAGUCAUAGCCAAUCACGGCUCGAUACAAAACAUCCCCGACAUCCCUGAUGACUUGAAGGCAAUCUACAAGACGGUGUGGGAAAUUUCGCAAAAAGUCAUCCUGGAUAUGGCCGCGGAUCGCGGCGCAUUUAUCGACCAAAGCCAAAGUUUGAACAUUCACAUUGAAAAAGCCAGCUACGGCGUUCUGUCCUCGAUGCACUUUUACGGCUGGAAGAAGGGCCUGAAAACCGGAAUGUAUUAUUUGAGAACCAAGCCGGCGGCCAAUCCCAUCCAGUUCACCGUCGAUAAGUCAAAGUUGCUAGUGAAAAACGGUGUGAAGUCCAGUCCAGUGAAGAACAGAGUGGGCGCUCUGGAAAAAAAUGGAGCAGACCUAAAUGAGGAAGACGAGAAAAACGAGGCUUCGCUGGUUUGUUCCUUGAAUAAUCCCGAGGGCUGCGAGAUGUGCAGCGCGUAACAGCGGCCAGAGGACCUGAAGGUACGUGUACUCACAUUUAAAUAGUUUAAGAAGAUGUUGCGUUUUUAUAUUCGAAACGUCUGAUUUAGAAAGGUUAGGUUUUAAGUGGCAAAGCGAAGUUGGUGUUCUGCGUGUUUAUUGUAUCAAUAAUCCUUAGAAUAUGCUAUUUUAUAUUCGGCUUAGUGUGUUAAGGUGAAUUUGUAUCAACAAUUUAUUUUUCCAC